AUGGCUGCACAGAUAUCUACCGAGCCGAGAACUUAUAACGAAUACACUAGACAUGCGGAUCUCUCGAAGCCGUCGAACGACCCUAACACGUACACUCUUGGGUCUAUAAGCAAGCACAAUAUUGUCAUAGCUUGCCUACCGGCAGCGACAGCUGCUGCCCGGAUGAUAUCUGCUUUUCCGUCUAUCAAGUUCGGCUUGAUGGUUGGCAUUGGUGGCGGUAUUCCGACCAAGGUUAGACUUGGCGAUGUAGUGUUCCCUGGUGUGGUGCAAUGUGACUUCGGUAAGGCGAAAGAAGGCGGUACCUUCGAGCGGACCGGCUCUCUGAAUAACCCUCCUACCUUGCUGCUAACAGCUUUGUCGAAAUUGGAGACGGCUUAUGAUAUGAAAGGCUCAAAGAUACCAAAAUACUUGGACGAACUGAAAGAGAAAUGGCCAAGACUGGUGCCGAAGUAUCUGAGAUCAGAUUCACUCGAGGAUGUCUUGUUCAAAGCAAAUUACAGCCAUGUCAGCGAAAACACCACGGAGUGUGACAUCUUAUCAGACGACGACGAAAGAGACGAUGAAGAAGGGGGUUGCGGAUUUUGUGACAGAACCAAGAUCGUGAAGAUGAAGCCUAGAGAUAUGCACGUGCACUUUGGUCUUAUCGCAUCUGGGAACUAA